CGUUCUAAAUGGCCGACGCUACCGAGCACUCCGAGCCCACGCCAGCACCAGCUCCCGCCGCAGCAGUGGACGCAGUUGCUGCCAACGAUGCUGCUCUCCAGGAAAAGCUCAUCAACGAGGAAUACAAGAUCUGGAAGAAGAACACGCCGUUCCUGUACGACUUGGUGAUGACACACGCCCUUGAAUGGCCCUCUCUCAGUGUGCAGUGGCUGCCCAACUCCCACACCUCGUCUGGCGACGAUUUCUCGGUGCACAAGCUGCUGCUGGGCACGCACACGUCCGGAGCGGAGCAGAACCAUUUGAUGGUGGCGGAGGUGCGUCUUCCUCUGGAAGACACCGAGAUUGACGCCCGCAAGUAUGACGAGGAGAGUCAGGAGCUUGGCGGAUUUGGCGGCGUCUCGGGCAAGGUGGACAUUAAGAUCCGUAUCAACCACGACGGCGAAGUGAACCGCGCACGGUACAUGCCGUCCGAUGAAAUGAUUGUAGCCACCAAGACUCCUCAUGCGGAGGUGCACGUGUUCGACAUCUCGAAGCGGCCGUCUCAACCUGAGGAGAACUCGGGCUGCAACCCGGACUUUCGUCUUCUGGGCCACACGAAGGAGGGCUACGGUCUAUGCUGGGACCCGCACCAGCCCUACCACUUGAUUUCCGGUUCGGACGACGCCAUCAUCUGCGAGUGGGACCUCCGCAACGCUGGCAAGUCCGUGCAACCGCUGCACAAGUACAGUGGACACAGCGAUGUGAUUGAGGAUGUGGCUUGGCACAUGCACCACACCAAGAUCUUCGGCUCUGUCGGCGACGACAAGAAGCUACUCAUCUGGGAUAUGCGCUCGGAGAGCUACGACAAGCCGGCGACGACUGUGUAUGCGCACACUGCUGAGGUCAACUGCUUGGCCUUCAGUCCGUUCAGCGAGUACCUGGUUGCUACUGGCUCGGCAGACAAGCACGUGAACCUGUGGGAUAUGCGUAACAUGAAGGCCAAGUUGCACUCGUUCGAGGGCCACAACGACGAAGUCUACCAGAUCCAAUGGUCUCCUCACAACGAGACUAUCCUAGGCUCCUGCUCUGCUGACCGCCGACUGCACGUUUGGGACCUCAGCAAGAUUGGUGACGAACAAUCGCCUGAAGACGCCGAGGACGGACCUCCGGAGCUGCUGUUUAUCCACGGUGGCCACACGUCCAAGAUUUCCGACUUUUCGUGGAACCCGAACGACGCGUGGGUGGUGGCCUCGGUGGCUGAGGACAACGUCCUGCAGAUCUGGCAGAUGGCGGAGAACAUUUACAAUGAGGAAGAUGAGGAAACUGAACAGGCGGAGGUUGCCGAUGAUGACCUCGAAUAAGCCGAUUAGUACUCAUGCUAUUUGAUGCAAUGAUGCGGUUAGUCUAAUUGAAUGUACUAGAC